AUGCAAAGCGUUACGCCAGCUUACACCAUUCGCCGGGCCACAAUAGCCGAUCAUGACGCUUUCCUGGAUAUUAUGGUUGAGGCGUACACAAAAUCUGAGCCACUGGCAAGAGCCCUGAAUGUCUCUGUGGGAGAUGCCGAGGAGUUUUGUAGAAGCUUCCUGCCACACUAUCUACCACAAGGUUAUUCGCUGGCAAUGGAAAGCGAAGGACAGAUGGUCGGGGCAUAUCUGAUGCAGCUUGUUGAGAGGCCGAAUCCCAUCUACGAAUCCGGCCCUGAUCCAGACCUGCCACCGAAGAUUUUCCUCAUUGAGAGUAUUGCGCAUAAAUUAACCGAGAACUUUUGGGACUUGAUGCCUCCACAAUUCAACAGCUGCAUACAUGCUUUGUAUACGGUAGUGACUCCGUCAUGGCAGAAUCGCGGAGCUGGAACAGCACUGAACAGCGGCAGCGAUUCGACUAGCCAAAGACUGUGGUGUUGA